AUGUCAAGCCUAUACAUUAAAACACCGCUACAUGCAUUAUCUGCUGGUCCAGAUUCUCAUUCAAAUGGCUCAUAUUAUGACAAUCUAUUAUUGCCUUCGUUUUCAAACUUAUCUCGUACUGUUAAUAAGAAUAAUAUCACGACCGAUAACAACAUAAAUUCAGCAAGCCCUAGGAAAUAUUCGUUUCACUCGCUCAAUGUGUCACCAAUUCUUCCCCCAAUGACCUUAGCUAACGAAAUACUCGGAAAGAAAUCAAAUACUGCCCCGGCAUCGCCACAUCAUAUGGCUUAUAAUCCAAUUUCCUCACUAACACCCGGUAAUUCACCAGAAUUCAACAAGGCAAGUUUAUCUCAAAUUAGUUUUACAAAUCCAUUAAACUAUGGGUCUGGCUCGGGACUUUCCUCUUAUUCACAACCUCGACUACCAUUGUUAGACAGGUUAUCAACAGUAUCUUUAUCCAAGAGACCAGAGCACCCGCAACAAAUUUUACCGUCAUUAAGACAUCUACAAUUAUUACCCAGUCCUCUCUUACAAGAAAACGCAGCACGCUUCCCUGAUACAUCAAAACGUACAUCUAAUUGGAAGACAGAUCUUACCCAUUGGUGUAAGGAUACAAAUUAUCAAGAUUAUGUUAAAAUACGCGAAGAAGUGGCCCAUUUCAAGCCACUAAGUAUACCAAACUUAAUUAAUCAAAAUAAUGAUUGUCUUGAAUACGGCGAUAAACCAGAGUCAACCAAGUCGUCCAAGUACCACUCACCGUCUAAUGGAACUUUCGCUCGUACCAGACUAAUUCCUUCAAUUCUAGAAGCUAAAGAUCAAUUUAAAGAUCUUUCGAACAAUGCAUGGAGUAUUACUCCCCCUGUCACACCGCCAAUGAGUCCACCAACGAAUAGAACCAUGGAGCGUACAACUUUUAGAGGAGUAGAUGCUUCCUUUUUUGAGGGAAAAUCUAGCAAUGAUGACACAAUAUUUAAUCCAAUAAUUAGCGAAAAGUUGGUUCAAGAAGUUAAACAGCAGAGACAAUUGCGUGGAAGUUCAUUUCCUAUACCUAAUGCCAGUCACAAAAAGACGAACAGUUUCAAAGCUCUACAAAUAAAAAAAUUACUUGCAAAUAGAGACAUUCUAUCGAACAAUUCCAAAUCUAGUAUAAGGAAACCAUCUAAGAACAAAAUCUCAAAGCAAGCACCAAAUGUUUUUGGUAACACUGCAAGACAAUUAGUCAUGAAACUCGACAACACUAAUUACAGCUCUGUAUCUGCAUCUUCAUCUCCGCCUCCUUCCACACCGACGAAAAGUGGCAAGGCAAGAUCAAGAUCAUCUUCACCUGUGCGUCCUAAGGCUUAUACUCCAAGUCCUAAAUCACCUAAUUACCAUAAAUUUGCUCUCGACUCUCCCCCACAAAGCCCUCGAAGAUCAUCGAAUUCGAGCAUGACGAAAAAAGGGAGUAGGAGAUCCAGUGGUUCAUCACCCACUCGUCACAACACAAGAGUGUGCGUAUCGUGUCAUUCUAGCGAUUCGCCUUGUUGGAGACCAUCGUGGUCGCCAAGAAAGCAAGACCAGCUUUGUAACUCUUGUGGCCUUCGAUAUAAGAAAACACACACAAGAUGUUUGAACGAUUUAUGUCGUAAGAUCCCCACAAAGGGUGAAAUAAACAUUAUGAAAUCCAAUGGUAUAGAUAAAGAAUUUGUCCCUGAACGCAAUUGUGAAAUUGAAGGAUACCGUUGCUUAUUCUGUAAUUACAUAACUGAGACUGUAGAGAAUUGA